GAGGGCCUGGCUACAUGAGACGACAGUUCGGCCAUUGGUUACUGUUUACACAGUGAAUGCAAUCCGAGCCGAGUUGAGCUAACUGUGCUGGCACAGCAGUUUGAGAUGUACCAUUCCAGCUCGGCUCAGCCUGCGUUCACACUACUUUCAAAAGCAAGCCGACUGGUGCCGGCCAAUGAUGUCCUGGUUACAAGUGCCCAUGCGAGCGGACUAUUAGAUGCACGUAUUAAAGUGUACUUUGUUUUUUUAUCAUUUGCUUUCUAUUGUUUUCGUUCUUAACCGUUUCUUUUGUUGGUAUGCAUUUGUUGCUGUGCUUUGUGUUACUGCACUUUUUGUAUUGAUAUCUUAAUUCUGAUAAUAUAUUCACCAACCCAUUGCUUCUGGACUUUGACAGCAUGCUAAACCAUGUGACAUUUAAGAAGUGUCAUUCAAACAUAACAACGAGCCAUUCUGAGAUUAAUGCAAUUGAUUGUAUUUUAGGCCAGACGGUGGAUUUUGAGCAGACAGACAUUAACACUAUUACUGGAGCUCUCAAGUUAUACCUACAUGAGCUACCUGAAAGCAUUCUAACACCAGAGUUGGCGCCUGAGUUUGAAAAUGCUGGAAGAGAGAAAAAUGCUGCUCAACUGGGAGAGCUGUUUUCUCAGCUACCAUCGUGCAACAAACUGAUGCUGACGUGGUUACUUUUGCAUAUGAAGCACAUCACAGAAAAUCCAUAUUGGAUCAAUGCAAGGAGGAAAAAGUAGUAUUAUUAUGAAGCUUGUUUGGACAAUGUUUCAUUACAUUAUCGAAAUUGGAUUUGGUAGACUGUAAUGUACUAGUUUGGACUUCUUUAUUUUUUGUAUUUUUGUAUGUAUGUAUGACUGUGUGAUUUGAUGUUUAUG